AGCCAUUUUGAAAUUUGAAAACGCCAUUUGUUAUUUCCGCGAUAAAGGCGAAAAGUCGCGCUUUUCGACUAAAAAUAAACUAAAUUUAGGCAUGCGGACAUAAGUGUUGUGUUUUAAAUUGAAAAUGGAAGAUGAAUACAUGGAUUCACAGGAUAUGCUUGAUGUGGCGCAGAGAAAUGGUGACGGAGCCGACACAAGUGUAGAUAUUCCGAAGGAUUUUAUAGAAAAUCCUUGUUUUGACGAGGGCUACGAAGACGACGAGAGCAAUAACUUCAGAGGCGCUAACAGGGGCCGAGGGAACUUCUCCAGAGGCCGGGCGCGAGGUCCGCCACCCGGGUGGGGUGGUCCACCUCCUAUGCGCUUCAGGGGUCGCGGCUACGGACCUGGAGGCCCACCGAUGAGGGGUCGCGGCUACUUCCGCGGCCGGGGCGGCCCGCGCUUCGGCCCUAACAAUGGACCUAACUUCGACAACAAUUGGGGGCCUAUGGGACCCCCACCGCCAGGAAUGAUGGGUGGUCCGCCUCCGUUUGGACCUCCUCCGGGCAUGAUGCCGCCUGGUGGACCGAUGGGGCCCCCGCCCAACAUGAUGGGCCAACCGCCUUUCGGCGGGCCACCAGGAAUGCCGCCUAAUAUGCCUGGUCCAGAGCUGUGGGUGGAGACGAAGGCGGAAGACGGCAAGUCGUAUUACUACCACGCUCGCACCCGCGAGACCACGUGGACCAGGCCUCAGGAGGGGCCCACGGUCAAGGUCAUCCUACAGUCCGAGAUGGAGGCGCUCGUCGCUUCAGGUCAAAUCCCGACGAUGGGCCCCGCCGGCAUGGCCGGCCCGAUGGGCGGCGGGAUGCCCAGCAACAUGAACGCGGGGAUGCCCAACGGUGGGAUGCCGCCCGGGAACAUGCCGCCCUUCAUGAGCCAUCCGCCGCCCUGGAUGAACGACAAUAACAAUAAGGACAACAAGGAGGCCGAGGAGCCCCCGCAGGAGGACGAGAUGCCCCCUGGGGAGACAGCGCCGCCGGCCAAGCAAGGGAACGCGGGCAUGGGCUUCCCCCCGGGCGCGGGCGCGGCGCCGCUGUUCCCGGCGUCGCAGCCGCCGCCGCAGCAGUUCCCGGGCGCUCCGCCCGCCUUCCCCGGCGGCUGGCCCGCCUGGCCCGCCUGGCCGCCGCCGCUCGUGCAGCCGCCGCCCUCCGCCGGCAACAACAACACUCAAGGCCCUACCUCUGCGAAUGGAGCAAGUAAGGAACGCUCGAAAACACGCCCUGAUUCAGGGCCUCCUACUGGACCGAACACCCAGCUGCCGCCGCAGGCUGCCCUCACGGAGUCCCCCAACCCAAAACUCGAUAAGCCCCCGCCUGCAGUCCAGAAACCUAAGGAGGAAGUCGUGAUCCCGCCGGAGCUGGUGGCGCGCGCGGCCGAGUGGACGACCCACCGCGCGCCCGACGGCCGCCCCUACUACUACCACGCGGAGAAGCAGGAGAGCAUAUGGGAGAAGCCAAAACCCAUGAAGGAGCUGGAAGAAUUACAAGCUAAAAAAGCGGCUCUCGAGAAGGCUGAGAAGAGAAAUGAAAUCAAAAACAACAAGAAAAUUGAUUCUGACGACGCCAAGAUUGAAGUAAUCGACAUCACAACAAAUUCUCCCCCAGUGAUUGACGUGGAUGCCCACGCGGAGGCCCAGGCCGCGGCGGAGGCCGAGCGGCGGGCGGAGGCCGAGCGCCGCGCCACCGCCGAGCGCCUCGAGCGGGAGAGGCAAGAGAGAGAGAAACAGGAAAGAGAGAAACAGGACAAAGAGAAGGCCGAAAACGAAAAGGCCGAGAAGGAAAAGGCCAAACAGGAUAGGAGUAGGCCGAUAUCCAGCACGCCCAUAUCCGGGACGCCCUGGUGCGUGGUGUGGACGGGCGACGGGCGCGUGUUCUUCUACAACCCGACGGCGCACGCGUCGGUGUGGGAGCGGCCGCCGCAGCUGCUGGGCCGCGCCGACGUGGACCGCGCCGUCUCGCACCCGCCCGACGCGCUGCUGCAGCUGCAGAGGAAGGAGGCGGCUGCUAACAAGGCGGCCAACGGGGAGCUGAAACGAAGCGCCGAGUCCUCCAGCGAAGACUCCGACACGGAACCCAUCAAGAAAGCCAAGACAGAGGAGAAGAAGCCAGCGGGCACGGGCGCGGGCGGCGCGGGCACGGGCGGCAAGAUCGACGCGGGCAAGGAGGCGGCCAUCGAGGCCGAGGUGCGCGCGGCGCGGGAGCGCGCGCUGGUGCCGCUGGAGCAGCGCAUGCGCGCCUUCCGCGCCAUGCUGGAGCACAACGACGUCUCCGCCUUCUCCACCUGGGAGAAAGAGCUGCACAAGAUCGUCUUCGACCCCCGCUACCUGCUGCUCACCAGCAAGGAGCGCAAGCAGGUAUUCGACAAGUAUGUCCGCGAGCGUGCUGAAGAGGAACGCAAGGAGAAGAAGAACAGACUGCAGCAGAAGAAACUCGCAUUCCGCGCGCUCAUGGAGGAGGCUAAGCUGCAUUCCAAGUCGUCAUUCACGGAGUUCUCUUCGAAGCACGGGCGCGACGACCGGUUCAAGGGCAUAGACAAGCCGCGCGACAGGGAGACGUACUUCAACGAGUACAUAGGCGAGGUCCGCAAGAGGGAGAAGGAAGAGAAGGAGAGGAAGAGAGAGCAGGCUAAAGCGGAGUUCAUAGCUCUGCUAAAAGAGAAGGCGGUGGAUCGCCACGCCCGCUGGGCCGACGCGAAGAAAAAAGUUGACGCCGAGCCCAAGUACAAGGCGGUUGAAAGCAGCGCGCUUCGAGAAGACUACUUCAGGGAGUACUGCAAGCUUGUCAAAGAAGAGAGGAAGAAGGAGAAAGACGCCAAAGAAAAGGAUCGAGACCGCAGCAGUAAAAAGGAGAAGAAAGACAAGGAGAGGGACAAAGAAAAGGAAGAAGAGAAGAAGAAGGAGGGAAAAGAGAAAAAGAAGAAGGAAAAGGGCGGCGACGAGUCCGAGUCUGCGUCGGAGGCGGAGGGCGUGGCGGAGGCUGCGGCUGCGGCGGCGGAGGGCGGCGCGGAGGCGGACGAGUCGCUGGAGCGGCAGCGCGCGGCGCGGGCGCAGGCGUCCAUCAAGGAGCGCGAGCGGGAGGUGCAGCGCGCGCUGGCCACCAGCCUCAGGGACCGCGACAAGGAGCGCCAGUACCACAAGCGGGACGAGGCCGUGCAGCACUUCAACGCUUUGUUAGCAGACCUCGUGCGCAACCCCGACCUGGCGUGGCGUGAAGCCAAGAAGCAACUGAAGAAAGAUCACCGCUACGAACUAGCUGAACUACUCACCAAAGAUGAUAAGGAGCGUCUGUUCUCGCAACACAUAUCGAACCUGGCUUCGAAGAGGCGUGACAAGCUGCGCGCGCUGCUCAACGAGCUCGGGGUCGCGUGCACGGCGCACUGGCGCGACGUCAAGGCCAAGCUGAAGGCCGAGCCCACCGCCCCCGUCUACUCCAGCGCGACACAGAUGGAGCGUGAAUUCCGCGACUACCAGCGCGACAAACAAAGCGCGGCGAAGACAGCGCUAAGGCAGCUGCUGCAAGAGACGAGGUCCAUAACACACAAGAGCUUGGCGGCGGUCAAGGAGAACCCGCAGGCCAUGCAGACCAUACUGGACUCGCUCAAACACGACGUCAGGUACACCGGCCUGGCGCACCUGCCUGAGGAGCGCACGUCGCUGAUCCAGGGCUACCUGGACGAGCUGGCCAAGAAGGGACCUCCUCCGCCGCCCACCGCCACCGAGCCCGCCCGCCGCGCCAAGCAAUGAGAGAAACAACCUUCGUGCCUUGGAGCGCUGCGCUUAGCAACGAGCUAUCGUCCGCGUGUACAUUGAGUCAUCUAGGGUUACUUUAAUUAAAUAUAUAUUAAUCUAA